UGUAAGUGUAAACCGACAAAUAAAACUGGCUAAAAACAAUUUCAAAAAGAUAAUAUUCCAAUUUCAAAAAUGUACAAGUACAACGGUUUGAAAAUUAAUACAAUCUGUCAUGAAAAAUAUCAAUUUCUGAUUAUACUGUUAAUUUUAAUGUGCAAUUUUUUCAUUAUGUACAAAUUACGAAAAAUUGUAGCAAAAUCAAAUUUAAAAUAUGGCACUUUGAUAUUAUCACAUCGUAAAUAUGCAAAAGAAGUACGAUUUGGACCGGAUGUUCGAUCAAUGAUGUUACAAGGAGUAGAUAUUUUAGCAGAUGCUGUAGCUGUUACAAUGGGACCUAAAGGGCGGAACGUAAUUUUAGAACAGACGUUCGGUCCUCCAAAAAUCACUAAAGAUGGAGUAACCGUUGCAAAGGGAAUAGAAUUAAAAGAUAAGUUUAAAAAUAUUGGCGCAAAACUUGUUCAAAAUGUAGCAAAUAAAACCAACGAAGAAGCUGGGGAUGGAACUACAACAGCUACAAUACUAGCCAGAGCGAUUGCAAGAGAAGGUUUUGACAGCAUUACAAAGGGAGCUAACCCCAUUGAAAUCCGAAAAGGAAUCAUGUUAGCUGUAGCAACAGUUACAGAAGAACUAAAGAAAAUAUCAAAACCUGUUAAAACAUCUGAGGAAAUAGAACAGGUUGCCACGAUAUCUGCCAAUGGUGACAAUAGCAUAGGAAAACUUAUAGCAAGUGCUAUGAACAGAGUUGGUAAAGAUGGUGUUGUAACUGUUAAAGACGGUAAAACAUUGGAUGAUGAAUUAGAAAUAAUUGAUGGAAUGAAGGUCGAACAAGGUUAUGUAUCCCCCUACUUUAUUAACUCUACCAAAGGUCCACGGGUUGAAUAUAAUGAUGCAUUGAUUCUUUUUUCUGAUAAAAAGAUAUUUAAUGCUAAUCAGAUUGUGCCUGCUUUAGAAAUUGCCAAUAAUCAAAAAAAACCUUUAAUAAUAAUCGCUGAAGAUUACGAAGGUGAACCAAUAUCAGUUUUGGUAGUAAAUAAGCUAAAAAUUGGAUUACAAGUUGCUGCUAUUAAGGCACCAGGAUUUGGAGAAUAUAGAAAAAAUACGUUGAUUGAUUUAGCUAUUGCAACUGGCGGUGUUAUCUUUGAAGACAAUGAAAAUUUAAUACGCUUAGAGGAUUGUCAACUUGAGAGUCUGGGAAAAGUUGGUGAGGUUAUAAUUACAAAAGAUUCAACUCUAUUAUUGAAAGGACAAGGGGAUAAAGCAGAAAUAGAACAACGUAUUGAACAAAUAAGAGCAGAAUUUGAAGAAGAAAAAAGUGAAUUUGAGAGAAACAGAUUAUUGGAUCGUAUUUCUAGACUUAAAUGUGGAGUGGCGGUAUUACGAAUUGGAGGUUGCAGUGAAGUUGAAGUAAAUGAAAAAAAAGACCGUGUUAAUGAUGCUCUUAAUGCCACACGAGCAGCAGUCUCAGAAGGAAUUGUGCCUGGUGGUGGCGCCGCUCUUGUACGAUGUAUACCUGUACUAGAAAGUCUUAAACCAUGUAAUUCUGAUCAAGCAAUUGGAAUUAAUAUAAUUAAAAAAGCCCUUUGCACUCCUUGUUUAACAAUAGCUCGUAACGCUGGCUUCGAUGGGUCUGUGGUUGUAUCCAAAAUUAAAAAUUUAGACACAAAUUAUGGAUACGAUGCUCUUAACAACGAAUACGUUAAUAUGAUUGAAAAGGGUAUUAUAGACCCAACGAAAGUAGUUCGAAGAGCACUAACUGAUGCUAGUGGAGUUGCGUCACUAUUAACUACAGCAGAAGCUGUUAUUUGUGAAGUAGCAAGCGAAAGUGUGAAUUCUCCGACUUUAGGACCGAAUACCCCAGGUGUUACUAUUUAUUAAUAUUUCUUGUGUGAAUAAAUUAUUUAAAAUAACUGCAAUAAGUUCUUCAUAGUUAUUAAAUUGAUGUGAAUAAUAUAACUAAGUAGUUAUAUCAGCAAGAGAUUUUUCAUAAUUUUAUGAGCUGCUGUUAUUUUGUACACGACUGACUAAGUAAUUUGUGCAGAUCUGAGAUCACGUGCCAGCAAAGAGUAUGUAAUCACUACUUUAUAUGCCAGAAGCACCUGCUGCUCCUACAGGCAU